CAGAGGUCUGUUUGUUUAGUGUGAAGGAGACGCCCCUGGACGUGCUGAAUAAGGGGACCACAGACCAGUGUCCACAGUCCUGCUUCUCCUCCAGCGCUGAGAGGAAGAUGACCCGCCUGCUGGUUCUGGUGCUGGCUUGUGGAGCUCUGCUUAUCUCCACAGAGGCCCAGGAAGACUACCACACGCUGUCCGAUUUAGUCAAGAGUGGUGUCAGACUGGCAAUUAUAGCUGCUAAUGAAAACAGCAAUUACCAUAUGAAUUUUUUUUCUGUUCCAUUAAAUAAAAAGGUUGUAACAGACUUCAUUACCCUGAGGAUUUUUUUAAAACCUACAACCUGUGCAAAAUCCAAUGUGGUAGCCCAUCGGGAUGAAUGUCCAUUUGACAACAGCAAGCCAUACAUUAACUGUGUAGUCUGCAGCAAGUUCACUGACGUUACCUUCAAUGAACCAUUUGUUGACUGCAAGACAAAUGAGCUGGUUGAUCAGGCCCAUCAGAAUUACAGAAAGAAGCACUGUCGUGUUUAUCUGCCUGGAGGUACUAAUAUACAUACGAGUGUCAGCUUCGGGAUCCGGCGAACCAGAAAUCAGGCGCGUGGCAGCCAGGAGUUCAGCUGAAUAAGGUGGAAGUGAACUUGACAGAAUGAGCUGCACAUCAAGUCAAUGUGAAUAUGAGCUGGUCGUGAUUUAAGCAGAGUCUGAACAGAAGAAUCCUGUGGCUUAAGCUGUAGAGGGUGGGGGUGAGCCCCCACAGUGACCUGUACCUGAUCACCAAAAUAACAUAAAAGAACCUUCCAUGAUGUCUUGUCUGUUCUUAUGUUAAUAUCUCAGUAAUUAGUCCCCCAUCCGGAUCCUCACACACCAUGCUUACCUUCCAAUGCACUAUGCCCCUAAUUCCUUGCUAGCCAUGUGCACCAUGUCAUCAUACCAUCAGUGAUCUUCAUUCGCUGCAUCAUGAUGUUCAUCACAUUGUCAUGUGAUCCUCACUAAGCGAAUCGUAUCCAGGCUUAAGAAACUUCACUCAUUCACAGCCACUGACACAUGCAGUGCCUUCUCAACUCCAGCACAGUGUCAUAAAUCAGAAGUUAACAAGUGGUAGUGAUUCAGGGCACACUGUGAAUCUAAUUACUGAUACAAUAUUCAGUACAAACAGGUGGGUCAUUAGUAAGUAAAUAGUGCAACAAGUAAUUUAACGUGGUGCAAAAUGUAUUCAAACAAACCAAACCCAAAGUGCACUGUCAUUUCCUCCACUGUGUUCUAAGUUCACCAUUACUGGAAUAAAUCGUGCUUCAUUACAGCUCCA